UUUAUUUGUGUUUCUGUUUUUUUUUUUCAGCAGUUUGCUUUCAUUUAAGGGCGUUGACUUUUAUGUGGCGCGGGUAACAUAUGUGACUUUUUCUCGCGGCGGAGCUAAAUUGCCGUCGAUGUUACCGGUGAACAGAAGCAGAGCUCUUUUAUCAAUCCUGACCCAAACCAAAACGCUACAACAUACCCAGCAGGUUCACGCCAAGGUCAUAAUCCAUGGUUUCGAAUAUGACGUUGUUCUGGGAUCCAGUGUCACUAACGCUUAUAUCCAAUCGAAUCGUCUCGAUUUCGCCACCGCUGCUUUCAAUCGAAUCCCUUGUCGGAAAAGGAAUCGGUAUUCCUGGAACACGAUCCUCUCUGGUUACUCCAAAUCCAAGAGUUGUUGUUAUAGUGACGUCUUGCUUCUUUACAAUCGCAUGCGGAGGCAUUGUGAUGGCGUUGAUAGUUUCAAUUUGGUGUUCGCGAUCAAAGCUUGUGUUGGUUUAGGGGUUUUAGAAAAUGGGAUGUUGAUUCAUGGCUUGGCGAUGAAGAACGGGUUGGAUAAGGAUGAUUACGUUGCUCCGUCCUUGGUUGAGAUGUAUGCUCAAUUCGGUAAUAUGGAAAGUGCGCACAAGGUGUUCGACGAAAUUACUGUGAGAAACUCAGUUCUUUGGGGAGUUCUGAUGAAAGGAUAUCUGAAAUACUCUAAAGACUCAGAAGUGUUUCGUUUGUUUUAUCUCAUGAGAGACAAAGGUAUAACGCUCCAUGCGCUUGCAUUGAUAUGUUUGGUAAAAGCUUGUGGGAAUGUUUUUGCUGGUAAAGAAGGCAAAUCAGUGCAUGGAUUAUCCAUUAGAAGGAACUUUCUAGAUGAGAGUGAUUAUUUACAAGCCUCCACUGUAGAUAUGUAUGUGAAAUGUAGACUGUUGGAUGAUGCUCGUAAUCUAUUUGAAAGGAGUGUUGAUAGGAAUGUGGUGAUGUGGACUACGCUGAUAUCUGGGUUUGCAAAGUGUGAGAGAGCUGUUGAAGCAUUUGAUCUGUUUAGGAAGAUGCUUAGAGAAUUGAUACUUCCAAACCAAUGUACUUUGGCGGCACUUCUUGUUUCUUGCUCGAGCUUGGGAUCUCCAAAGCAGGGGAAGAGUGUUCAUGGCUACAUGAUAAGGAAUGAGAUUGAAAUGGAUGCUGUGAAUGUUACAUCUUUCGUUGAUAUGUAUGCUAGAUGCGGGAAUAUUCAAAUGGCUCAGAAGGUUUUUGAUGUGAUGCCAGAGAGAAAUGUGAUAUCGUGGAGCUCGAUGAUCAAUGCUUUUGGGAUAAAUGGUCUGUUCGAGGAAGCUCUGGAUUGUUUUGAUAAAAUGAAGUCACAAAACCUAGUUCCCAAUUCUGUGACAUUUGUUUCACUUUUGUCAGCCUGUAGCCAUUCGGGAAAUGUCAAAGAAGGAUGGAAGCAGUUUGAGUCGAUGACAAGAGACUAUGGAAUUGCGCCAGAGGAAGAACAUUAUGCGUGCAUGGUAGAUUUGCUAGGUCGAGCUGGUGAAAUUGGGGAAGCUAAGUCAUUUAUUGAGAAUAUGCCUGUGAAACCAAUGGCCAGUGCUUGGGGAGCUCUUCUGAGUGCUUGUAGAAUCCAUAAAGAAGUCGACUUAGCAGAAGAAAUCGCAGAAAAGCUUUUAACUGUGGAACCCGAUAAAUCAAGUGUCUACGUCUUGCUUUCUAACAUAUAUGCUGAUGCUGGUAUGUGGGAGAUGGUGGAUUGUGUGAGAAGGAAAAUGGGCAUGAAAGGAUAUAGAAAACCCAUGGGACUAUCUGCAACUGAAGUCGGCUAGAAAAUUUAGCUAUUGAUUACUGCAGCAUGGUUUUGAUGAAGAACCUGUGAAGUAUGAAGCACCAGGGCAGACAUAUGUUGGGAAUUACUGUGGGAGUUGGGAAACUUUCCCAAUUCAAGCUUCAUGCAGUCAACCGUAAAAGAAAACCCAUGAAGAUUAAGAUAAAGACUGUUGAGGAGAGAUUGACAUUGUACGAGGUGGUUGCUCCGAGUCUAAGUUGCUGUCAUAAGAUAUGUGAUAUUCUUAGCACAAUUGAAGAGGUUCUCUCUAUCACUCACAAGGAUCUUCGCUUAUCCAAAGUUAAUUCCUAGCUGUUUUUUUACGCAUCCAAAAAACAUGUGAUUAAGCUAGCGAUCAGGAAUGUGGUUUAUUAUUUGUUUAGGAAUCAUAAACGGACUACAGUGGUCAGUGGGACACCAGAAACAGAGAAAAAGGUAGGAAGGAACACGCGGUUUGCUCACAAGCUCAAAAACCAAGAAACUGAGUUUGUAAAGUUGUUUGAUACGAUAUAGAAGGCAGGUGGACAGUACGAAACUCAUGACUUUCUUUGUAAAGUAAACAACAUCAAGAAGCAGCUUGAGCACCUUACCAAGCAUAAGAACCGAACGAUCUGUUCUAGUGCCACAGUUCUUCUCCAGCAUUGGAGACCGUUGCAAACAGAGAUCGUCAAGGCUCUGCGACCAAUCUGUUUCCUAUAUUCAUGAAUUUCACUGUGACGAAGAAACUUGAGGAAACAAACCAAAUUGUAGUGAGCUCAAGGACCACAAAAUCCGCUCUUUAGCAGUGGCCCUGUUUCGGCGUUGGAGGUAGAGCAUCAUGAUCCAAGAAUCUCACUGGCAUUCCACCUCCAAGACGUAACCUGAAAACCUCAUGGUGGCAGUCUGCUUCAUUAGAGAACCUGCAAAGACGGCAGUAGUUUUGAAAAGGUGACUUUGGAUCUCUGUCUGCUCAUGAGAUAUUGUAGACAUUCUCUACAUUUUCUAGCUUCAACAUAUUUUGUACUGGAUUAUUCUUGCAUUGCCAAUAUAUAAAUAAGGUAUUCACAA